AUGCCACCCUUGGGCACGACGAAUCAAGAAAUCCCAUUUGCACACAUGAGGGUGCAUUUCGAAGACUUUGCGCUGCAACUGAGGCUGCAUCGGCAUCAUGAACAUCGAAGACGUAUGCUUAGUCUUCGCCGAAAUCGACUGCAAAAUGCUGUGGCUUUGUCCGCCCGACUCCAUCGUGUAAGUUCCUGGGUACACGACGGACUGGUCGAAAUCACUCAACAGGCGGAUGCAAGUGGCUUCACACGGUUGCACCAGCACACGCAUGACCUUGUGGAUUUAUGCUUCUCCCAGUGGAAUCAUGACAUUCAAGGUCAAAGUCCUCCAUACGCCCAAAAAGCGGUUGCUAACGAGUCCUUCCUCUCCCGAUUACCACCGUCGUCGCAACAAGAUUGCCUAGACUUCAUCGAAACCCUGCGCAGCAAUCCUCGAUUUUUGAUAGAGAGAUUCAAAGCCAUGUCUCCAUCACAAAUCUCGUCCCUAUCCACUUCCCCCAAAUUCCAGGAACUACCAGAAUCCGUUUUAACAUCAUUGUCACAAAAUCGUGGAAGGUCUUCGGCGAAGAAGCGAGUCAAAGCCUAUUCGAAAGAUCUGGAAGACUACGCCUCCUCUUUCGAGCGUUUAAACCCCCUGUUCUUCCUUGUUCACAACCUCUACGCGCCUUUCCAGGACGUGCAAAGUUCUGAGAGCAGGCUCAGAUUUGCCACAUGGUCUACUAUUUGCUCAAGCCUGAUGAUUGAAUCUGAGCAAACCUUUGACGCUAUUGUCGGACAAGUCCUUGACACGUUUGCAAGUAUGUACGACUGGCAGAUCAAAGACCGUUUGGAGUUGUUCCUGAUGAGCAUCCUGCAAAGAGGUGCAUUUCUGAUUGAUUUAUUGGAGAGUUCGGCAUCAAGUCAACAGACCCUUCACGGGGUCUUCGACACGUUCAACACUCCACAAGCUCAAGAAUUCUUCGAGGGAGCAGUCAGAGAACUAUUUGAAAUUUUGUCCUGUGAAGACGGGAUCCCAGUUGGCGCCCUCCACCUAGGCCGCGCCAUUAUAGGAAAGCUCCCAACGGUUGAGGCUCAAAGCCAGUUCCGAGGACAUCUGUUCUUUCAGUGGUUUCUAAAACAUUUCCUCCGAAUCACAAUUGCUUACCCUGAGGAUGAGAAAAUGCUUCUCCAAUUCCAUGUUGGUGAUAAAGCAAGGUCACACCUACUCCAUACGCUGUGGGACCGCGCAGUCUCCCGAGCAAGUGAUAUCUUCAGUCCAAUGCCUGUUCAGCCGGUCGAUCCGGUGGUAGAGAACUAUGCGUCUAUGAUGAUCAACCAACUCGAUGCCGACGAGCAUUGCUUGGAUCCAUACCAGGAUAGCGGUUUGCCACAUGCCCAUCCUACGACUGGUGGGCCUUACUUCCUCUCGGUCUGCGCGGCCGAGAUCGCCCAUGUACUGGAGGCUCUCAAUCCUCAGUACAUCCACACUUCAAGUCCCUGGGAUUCAUUCCUUAGCUCUUCCCAUUCGACCUUCAGGAUGCAGUACUCCCACGCUAGUAGUAAGUUCAAUGACCUACGUCGACGAAUACUGGACGUGAUAGAGCCUGGCCACUCGUCCAGAAACAUUCACCCUUGUCAGGAGAACUGGGCACAACUCUCAAUAUCUCAUGCAGGAGUCCUAUCGGCCGUGGAAAUUGCAGGGUUCUCCGGAUUGAAAUUGGGAAUACAGGAACUGGGAGAUCUCCAUCUGGUCGAGGACGCAGCUGUUCGUUUGGCGGAAGGGCCUAUGUUUGCAGACCAUGUGCAACCCUCCAUCCCAAUUGCGGGUUCGAGUUCCAAAAUAUCGUCGCUUGCCGAUAUGUUCGCAACAGAAGCAAGACUAGCCUCCACAAAAACCGACAGUAUCGCAGCUUUGUAUUGGCAGGACGCACUUGUAUAUCUACGCCGGCACUAUCCUUUAACGGUAUUGACAGACGAUGACACAAAGGUGCUUGGUCCCAUUACCGAAAGACUGAGGUGCGGUCAGUUGAAAAUUGCAGAAACUUGCCAACGCCUGGAAGAAGAGGUUGCUCAGCUGGAGGUGUCGUACAGUUUUGCGCGAACAAGAAUAUCCAAGCUCGCGUUUUGGCUCGACAAGCUUCGAGUGAAAUUUUGGUACAAGAUGGAUGUGGUGAGCUCCAGCGCUUACGAGGAUGCGAAGAACAUUUCAGCGGCAUUGAAUAACAUGGCUUUAUCGAAAUUGCAAGGAUACGUACCGGAUCGGAGGAAGACCCAUUCCUCAGGAUCGAGCCGGCCAGGCACCUCAGAAACUUCGGCUUCGUCAGUAUUUGAUCAGCCUCAGAUUGACAUCACGAGCCUCCUAAAAGCCCCUGCCGAGCACGGUGGCCCGAAGAAACUCGCCGAUGCUCAGAUUGAACUGAUCAAAAAAUGGCUCGAACGCAACCACGUGGAUAAUUUCUGCAAGGGGGAGGAAAGGAUUCAUCGAUUUUGCAUGGAGGUGAAGAUGGCGACCAAGAAGCUCGUGGGGGAGACACUCAGUGAAAGCCCUGUGUUGUGGUCGAGUGACCUUUUCGCAAGGGAGAAGAACCUCUAUGAUGUCCAUGCCAACACCGCGUUUAGCGCCCAGGCGAGUACCAGAGCGCCCAGCGUCUGGAGUGAACCUCUGUCAUCCAGCUCAUUUCCGUCACGAACGGGAUUCUUCGGGUCGCGAGCUUCGUUCUUCAGUCAGGGAUCCAGCAGGCUGGGAAGAGACUUGCUGGGCAGCGACCUAGCCUCACUAAUCAGCUCGCCAGGUCGGGCGACAACCGUCACCACGCUGGAAUCUGGCAGCAGCUUCUGGUCACCACCUCAAUCCAACCCAAGGUCAGUAACGUCGGCCUCUUCACACUCGAGACCAGCAUCCAUGUUCGAAGAUCACGGAUUGAAUCGACUGGUGGACCACAACUUGGAGAAGGCUAAAUUCUUGGCCCAACUCCAGCAGGAUUUGACCUGCCUGUUGUUGUCCGACCUUGGAUGUCCGGUCUGGAGCUGUGGAAGCGAGACAGACGCCUGGAUGGACACCAUACUGCACACUGUGGGAGUCGCCCAACGUCUCGAGCAGCGGGCUGUCAUUUCCCGACUACAUUUGAAUACAAAUACUCCACGCUCUGCCGCAACGUAUGCUCGCAGUGGUGGUCGAAAGCAGAAGACGCGGAGCAUUAGUGCAGCUCCGGCGGCACCCCAAUCCUCCGGCCAUGGCGCGAGUGCUGACGCGCAUCCAUUCGGUACAUUCUGCAUGGAGGAGAGCUCUCGAGUCAAAGAUGGCGACUUUUCAUACCGCAAUGCAUUCAACGAUGUCCUCUCCCGGAUACAAGAGCAUGUGGAUCCCAACUUUAAACUCAAGGCGAUUCAUGACUUCAAGCUCUUGUCUGAAGCUUGGGAGAAGAGCCAAGCAGAGCUAUGCCCGUCAAAGAACAAGACAGUUCUACGAGACGAAUCUGCGGUACAAGAACGCUCGCGACGACGCAGUCUGAAUCCGAGCAUGUUAUCUGCGAAUCUCGGCAGGCAAGUAGAGCGAGAGAGGAGCACUCGUCCUGUCCCUGCCGAACACGCCACUAACGAUGAAAACAAGGUUGUGACACUAUUGAAAUCCCUGUUGUUCGCCUUGAAACCCAAGACCAUCUUCCGUGAUCUGCAAUACGUCGCCUCUUUGGUAUCAGCUCAGACGCUGGCUGACACCGACAUGGGGCGAGCGUUCCUCCAGGUCGGCCUCGCCGCGUUGGCAUGGAAGGACGAGGUAGGCCGCGCGAUGGUGGAUGUGUCGGAUCGGAUUGUGGUGAGAGACUCGAUCAAACGAGGAGUUGGUGGGCGAGCAAAUAAUGAGCCCUCGAUCCUGAAGGCAAUGGAAUACUGGAUGAUCGCCGCGCGGGAGGGCAAUGCUGUCGCUCAGCGAGAAUUGGCGAGUUUAUACCUUACGCACCCGGAAGUCCCGCCGAUUGUCAGUCUGCCUCUGGCACUAUCGUCAGAGAUCUUCAAGACUGAAAUGAUGUGGGAAGGACAGGAGAGCUCGGGGCUGCCUCGUAUCAGCCAGUCGCUGUGCCUUGCGCUACAUUGGAUGCAACAAGCAGCGCUCAAUGGGGAUCCAGUGGCGCAGGCCAAGCUGAAGGAGCGUCGAGCGAAUCAUUCAGUGCAAUGA